UUUUGGCCCACUGCUGUUUUGCAAAGACGGAGUUGUCAAUUCAAUUCUAUUGAAAUUUUGUAAUAAUAGGCUAUCUGAAGUGUCUUAUUUCGGCCCUAAAGUUAAAAAUUAAACAUCAGCUAUGGCAGUUCAGAUAGAAACAAUUGAUCUUGAAAUGGAUUCCGACGAAGUGGCUGAUGAAGUUAUUCCUCAGAACAAAGAAAAACUUGCAGAAGCCAAGAAAGACCAAGGAAAUGCUCAGUACAAGUUGAAGCAAUACCACAAAGCUCUUCCAUUCUACACGGAGGCAAUUGAACUUUGCCCGGAAACAGCGUCUUACUACGGCAACAGAGCAGCGUGUUACAUGAUGUUGUCCAAGUAUCGUGAGGCUUUGGAAGACGCUCGGAAAUCUGUCAUUCUGGAUCCUAAAUUCACCAAGGGCUGGGUGAGAGUGAUAAAAUGUUGCGUGUCUCUUGGAGACGCUUCCACAGCAGAGAACGCUCUAGCUCGUCUUGCGGAGCUGGAGCCUAACAACGCAACAAUAGUCGAGGAGAAACGCAACAUAGACACAUUGAAAAAGUAUGAGGAAGGGAUCAACAAGAGCUACGAACAGAAAGACUACAGGAGGGUGCUGUUCUUCUUGGAUCGCUCUAUCGAGGUGGCGACUGCCUGCACUCGGCUGAAGGUGGUGAAGGCGGAGUGUCUCGCGUUCCUGGGUCGCUACCAAGAGGCGCAAGAACUGGCCAAUGAGCUGGUGUCAGCCGAUCAGACCAACGCUGACGCCAUCUAUGUGCGGGGACUGUGCCUGUACUAUCAGGACAACGUGGACCGAGCUUUCUCCCACUUCCAACAUGUGUUGCGCCUUGCACCUGACCACAAGAAGGCCGUUGACAUAUACAAGAAAGCAAGAAAGCUGAAGGAACUGAAAGAGAAAGGAAAUGAAGCUUUCAACACUGGAAAAAUGACCGAAGCCUACAACUUGUACACAGAAGCUCUGGCUAUUGACCCGAACAACAUUUCCACAAAUGCUAAACUUUAUAACAACAGAGCAACUGUUUCACACAGGCUGGGGAGACUAAAUGAAGCUGUCACCGACUGUACGGCGGCCCUCAAGCUGGACCAGAACUACUUGAAGGCCGUACUGAGAAGGGCCAAGUGUUACAUGGAGUUGGAGCAGUUUGACGAAGCUGUCAGGGACUACGAGAAAGCACAUUCUAUGGACAAAUCAAGAGAGAACAAGAGACUUCUGGCAGAGGCAAAGCUUGCCUUGAAGAAAUCCAAGAGAAAAGACUACUACAAAAUCCUCGGUGUUGAUCGCAAUGCCUCCACUGAUGACAUCAAGAAGGCGUACAGGAAGCGAGCUUUGGUCCAUCAUCCUGAUCGUCAUGCCAAUGCCUCGGACGGUGAGAAAAAGGAGCAGGAGAAAAAGUUCAAGGAGGUAGGUGAGGCUUACGGCAUCCUCUCUGACCCCAAGAAGCGCGCCAGAUACGACAGUGGCCAAGAUAUGGAGGAUGACGGUCACUCACAUGAAAUGGAUCCAAAUGAUGUGUUCCGAGCAUUCUUUGGAAACCCCGGCGGAAGUUUCAGCUUCGACGCAAACCAGUUCCCCAGUGGUUUUACGUACCACUUCCAGUGAGCGCCUGACCCACCCUGAAUGUACAGUUACACGACCCCACGAUAACUCAUUUGAUGUUUACUUUUCCACACUAAAACAAUUUCAUGGAUUUAGAACAAGUCACAAGUGGUUGUACAAAUUGAACUUGGUAGUUGUAGUAGACUAAGUCAACCGAUGUUGAUUCUGAAAAACACUUACAUUCAUAAAAUAAAUGUGUUUCUUUAACUGUUCAUCACAUCAAAUAACCGAGCAACAUUCCUUACUGGGCACUGAUAUUUGUCCUUUUUGUGUUUUUUUCACUCUGUUAGUAUCACUUUACUUUAUAUUCGGAACUAACAUUUGCUACCGAAUUGAGUAUUUUGUGUAAGAAACAAUGUAUACAUAAACCCUUAAUACAUAUUAUAUAUUUCAGUCUCUACUCAAUCAUUAACCGUUCUUAUAACGAUGAGGUUAAUAAUUAAUUGUACUAUGUUUGUCACUUCCUCUAGGCUGUGUCGUUAUAUUGAGGCUGUGACAUAUUUCACUUUGUUCCCAGUUAGGAAUUGAUUAUGAAGCUCAUUUUUCUUAUUUCUUAAUCAUUUUAAAAUUAUAUACUUAUGAUCAUUAUUUUGUAAUUUUUUUAAAUUGAAUUGAAUUUACUGGUGUAUCUUAAAUUAUCCCUUUGGAGAUUGACAAACAGUUUUCUUCAUUAGAUUUUUAAAAGCUUUCAUGAAGUGAGUAGCAGUAAAUUGUAUUCAUACAUUUUGAGGUACACAGGUGUGCCCAACAGGCACAUUAGUAAAAAUCAAUUCUUCAAAGGUGCCAACAUAGAAAUGCAUCGAAUAAUUUCUGGCCUUUUGAUCAAGGUUCAUUUAGAAGCUCUUGCUACUGAAAGCUCUGUAAAUAACUUGCUCUGAGCCAAUCUCUAUCAGACAUUAGCUCUACCAAGUAAUGGUAAUGUUUCACUUAUUUUCAUUCAAUGGCAUCAAAAAUAGUGUCUACCUCUUUGGUAACUCGUGUGAUUUUCAUAGUAGCUCACAUACAUUUAUAAGUUGUGUAUUUUUAAUUAGAAAUAGGUUAAAGUCUAUAUAUUGUAAAUGUGUUUUUUUACCAACUUUCCUAAUGACAAGAACCACUGGUUUAAUGUUUGGUUUUGAACUGAUCCCUGUACAAUUUAUUCAGAUUGUGUUGAAGCCAAUUUUAUUAGAAUAAUUAGUAUUUUGGUGUUUCUUCAACUUUUUGUUGGCCUUGUGAUAGUUAAUUUAUGUUCAACAAUUUAUUAAUAAAAUAUUUAAUUUACUUGCA